AAAUUCAGAAACAUAGCAAAACGGCGACGAAAAUCCAUCGUUAUGAGAUAAAUUUUCAUUGGUAAUUGAGUAUAUUGAGUAAGAUAGCAGUUGCAAGGAGGGUGUCUGGUGUGCCUAUAAAAUAAAUGCCUAGUACUGUGUUGCAUAUGCAUAUACAUGCAAACGUCCUCAGUUGGUACCAGUUAACAGGUUACCUUCUAAUCUUUUACUCUCAAAAGAUAGUCCUUUUGUUUACAUUUCAUAAAAUAAUUCAUGGCCUAAGAUUCCAGUUUUUCGUUUAAUUUCGAUGUUGAUGAAAUACAACCAGAAAUAUUUUACUCUAGUUGUGAUAGUGGGAAUUUUACUGGUUUUUUAUGUCCAGUAUUUCAACAAAAAACUGCUGCCAAAUACUGCAACACACCAACCGUUCAAGAAUGGAAAUAAUACUGUGAUAGGGGGCACAAGAUAUGGAAACGAUUUCGCAGAUCAAUUCUGUUGGAUUUCUAGAUCAAAGAGCGAUUGGCGUGCGAUUUCGAGUUCCUGUGAAGAAUUUAUGUCAUGGGAAACUGGGAGAAAAUUGUCUCCAUUACUUGAAACGGAUUCAAACAAAACUUUCGUAUCUAUGAUCGACUUGAAACCAGCGGGUGAAAUAUCAAAGAUUUUCAUUACUACAAAAACUAGACAGGGAUUUAUAAAAACAAUUGGUGGAGACUCUUGGCGUGUCAAAAUUAACGGCACCGCUACAAUUAGUGUUAGUGUCUUAGACUAUGGAAAUGGGACAUACGAAAUCGCAUUUUUGUGUUACGAUUUUGGAGUCUACUUUGUAAGCAUAUACCUGGAUUAUUCCUUAUGCAAUGGGUUGAAAAAUCCACCAAAAGACUGGUUCAUACGAGGCAAUUCACAAGGAAAGUAUCAAGGCGUUGACGUCAUUGGAAAACCAAAAGACUUCUUGAUGGCUCCAUUAAAAGGCACGCCUAUCAAAAUACUUAUUGAGGAAAGAAGAAUACAAGUUCCUGCAAGAGCUCCCCUGUGCAAAAGCAAUUGCAGAUUCAUCUGGGAUGGAAAUGGUAGAUGGAGAAAUAACACAUGGUUUUCAUACUUCACAGACAAUUCACCUAAAAAUAGAAGAGAUUUAGCAGAAGAAAAACCAGCUGGACAUUUGCUAGUUUAUGGCGAUUCAGUCAAUGUAUUUUUUGCACAGUCACUUCAACAUCGUUACAAAAUUUGCAGGAAACUGUUUAGAUCAUGUGGCUUUUCUUACAACUGGAUUUACCAGGUAGAAAAUGUUUCAUUGGCAAAGAAACAACGAGAUAAAAAAGAUUUUAACAUUACAAAAAUCCUGGAUGACUUCAAAAGAGUUGUUUUUGUACCAAAGUAUAACAACAGGGAAAGUAUUGUUAUAGUUAAUUUUGGAUUGCAUUAUGUCGAAAGUACGAACUUUUCAAACUAUGAGUUACUAAUUGAAGGAUUUGCAAAGUUGAUUACAAAUCAAAAUGAAAGCGGAGAAGAAAGGUUCAUGGGUAAUAUUAUUUGGAAGACAACGACAGCCAUUAACAAAGAGAGAGCCGACUACCCACAGUUACAUUGGCGAAGAUUCUUCACAAACCAUAGAAUCCAACUGUACAAUGCCUAUGCGACGAAUAUCAUGUGCCAGUACAGUAUCCCAAUUAUUGAUGCCUACGCAAUCAGUGAAUCCUAUCCAUUUGGAACAGGGACGCAUGCAGGACGAUCAGCCGCAAGAAAUGAUAUAGUUCAUUAUAACAACGAAGCUUUCUACCCUAUUGAAGAAUCUCUAGAAAAUAUAUUUGUUUAUCAUAAUGCAGACAUUGAUGAAGUAAACGGGAAAAGCUUCUCAUAAUUUUUUGAAAAAUAACGUCGUUUUCAUUGAUAAUGAACUUAAAAUCUAAUGUUGUAAAACAGCUUAGAGAAAAAGACUGCACUUUGUGAAAAUGCAGGCCUACAUUUAUAAUUAUAUACCAAAAAACAAGAA